AUGAAUUCUGCAAAGGAGAUGAAGAAGGCAAGCCAGAAACCUGCAAGGAAGUGGAGACAGAAUGAUCAGGAAAAGUGUGAAAGUCGGGAACCCCCCUGUAGAGGCACCAUACGAUCCUUGGAACAACACCGAGGCCAUGGAAGGUCCACCUUGAAGAUGUCAAUGUUGAAUAACCUUCAGAAAGUGACAGAUUGCCUUCAGAAUAUUAGAUUAGGAGGUGAUCCUGAAGUGCAAGAGCACCAUGAAUCUCAAGGAUCAAUGAGGUCCUCUCAGUUGAAGGAGAAUGACUGGCUCCUGCUGGAUACAGCAAUUAUUGCAUCAGAUACUGUCUUGGAACAGGUGCAGAAAGGAGGGGCAUCAAAGGUUGAUGCCUAUGGCAGUGAAGAUUCAAAUCCAGAUGGAAUCAAUCUAGAUACCAUGGGAAAGGAACGCGGAAGUCCCUUGCGUCUUCUUCCGCUGAUCGUGACGUACCUUGAAGACAUGGAUGGGGAGGAUUUUGAUGACUGGCUGGAGAUUAUGAAAUCACAUCAAGUGUCUCAACCAGUGAAGGAUGACUCUGAAUGUGAUGCAAGUGACUCUUCCCUGGGCAUUCCAACUCCAUCAGAUUCUGUAUCUUCUGUGUCAGAAACAAGCAGAAGUGCAUCACCAGUCAUGGGUAUGGAAUUGAUACGUGAUGCAAUUGCAAGAAAAGAUGAUGCAGAGGAGGGCUCAGAUGGAUCCUCUAAACCUGGAAUAUAUAGUUCCACUUGGGAAACUGCACUUGUACCUUCAAAGUCAACCUCCAAUUGUUCUUAUCCUGUUACUGGUAUCCCCCAGCCAGAGGAGUCUCCUCCCAUUGUAUCCCCUAAAAUGGAGCUAGCUUCAGGAACCAAGGUUUCCAUCAGCAACGAUCCAGUGACGACUGCAAAAGUACCCAUAAAACUGCUGGAGACACCCAGAAGCUUCUCGUCCAACACAGACGAGGCUGCAUCCGAUGAGAACGACUCACGAUCGACGUCUCCAUUUCUUGCUCCCGGUGUUGAUGUAUCCACUGCUGCCCCUGUGUCACUGGCAGAUACUUCAACUAUUCGACUUAUGAGUUCUGAUGAUCCUGUCCCUCCGGCCACAAGUCCCAAAUUAGUAUCUGAGAACAGUACACAGCUAAAAGAGGAGCUGAACUUAAAUGUGCCCCAUGAUCCUGGACGAUCUGGUGAAGCAUAA